CAGUGAAAUUGUUGUGGCAUUUCGGGGACGUGUUAUUCGUAUGUUUAAAUUUUUUCACAUUGUUUAUUACUUUUUCGUUGCGAUACGUGCAAAAACCACCAACAAAAUUAAUCAACAAUGUAUAAAUAAUCAUAUUAUAGUAUAUUCAUAAGUAGUUUGAUUUAGAAGAACGGAUAAAUAUGGAAGAAACAUUUAUGCUGUUAGGGCUGGCUGGGGUGAUGUUGAUUGGAUCCUUUUUGGCCGGGUCUAUUCCACUAUUUUUUACGUUUUCAGAGGACAAACUUAAGAAAAUCACUGUGUUCGGCGCAGGCCUUCUAGUCAGCACAGCAUUGACUGUAAUCAUACCUGAAGGUGUACGAUCUCUUUUAAAGGAAGAAAUUCACCACACUUCGGAUAAACCGCAUCUAGAAGAAGAACACAAAGAUCCUCUAUCUGUGAUCGGUAUCAGCCUAAUCCUAGGCUUCAUAUGCAUGCUGCUAGUCGAUCAGAUAUCUCAAAGUAAAAACGAGCAUGUCAAUGUCGCCGAUAGAAACGUAACUGCCACGAUAGGUCUGGUAGUGCACGCAGCAGUAGACGGAGUAGCAUUGGGCGCUGCGGCCACUACUAGUCAUGCCGACGUCGAAAUGAUAGUAUUUUUAGCAAUAAUGCUCCAUAAAGCCCCGGCGGCUUUCGGAUUGGUGACGUUCCUUCUUCACGAGGGACUCGAACGGCAACGAAUAAGGAAACACUUGAUGAUUUUCUCAUUAGCAGCGCCUGUUUUGACGUGCUUGACUUACUUCGGAAUCGGCCAAAAGCAGAAGGAAACAUUGACAUCUCUAAAUGCCACUGGUAUAGCUAUGCUGUUUUCGGCCGGGACGUUUUUGUACGUAGCGACAGUGCACGUAUUGGCGGAAAUAACGCAGGGAUACGGGAAUUCUCACAGUUACGAUAGAUUGCCUCAAGUGGACUCGGCUAAGGCUCCUUCGACGCAUGGCAACCGGCUCAAAAGUGUGGAAGUAUUAUUUUUAAUAGUGGGCUGUUUGUUCCCUUUGCUAUUAACGGUGGGCCACCAUCAUUAAAUUGUAUAUUAUUCCAUUCGUACAUAACUUACUUGAUUUUUUUUUAAUUAAUUUUAUAGCGCAAAACUGUGAUUGUCUUGAAUAGGGAUAUCAUGUUGAAAACUAAGUGUAUAUAAUUUUAAUGUGGGUUAUAGGGAUUAUUAGCAAUUUAUUGUAUGUAAAUCUUGUACCUUUUUUAUCGAACAAAUUCCUCGGAAUGACUGUAUAUUUUCGAAUUGGUUGAUUUUUUGGCAAUAAAUACAUAUAUUUAUAAGGUGAACUAAAAACUAGUCGUUUAAUUCAACAUUUCAUUCGUAAAAAUAAAAUUUUGUAAUUUGAAAUAAACAGUAAUGCCAAUCCCUUAAAAAAAUAUUCACCCAGUGUAAAACCGGCUUCUUUAAUUCAUA